GAAUAAGAGCGGACAAAAGACUCUUCUCUUUUUAUUUCCCCCCAAGGAGAAUCGCCGCCGUUUCAAAGCUAUCACAACGAACGUGCUGGCCCACCUGAAGAACUUACCAGAGGAGGAAACGGAUCAACUUUACAGCACGUGCAGGGACUUUCUCCUAGGUUGUUUUCCCAAUUCGUAUUUUUAUCAAUAGAAUUAGCUGGAAAGUGAAGAUGAUGCUGUGUGGCAUCUCCCUGCUGCUGAUGCUCUGGACGUGUCAAGGGGCAAGAGUCGCAGAGAGUGGUGAGGACAACAGCGUAUAUGACUUAUUUGAGCUUGCACACGUAAACAAGAGACGCCAUGGAGUGACUUUGGUUAAAGGAGCAGAUCCAUACAGUCCUGCCUAUAGGAUCCUCAAUGCAGACCUGAUCCCCUCAGUUCCCGACAUCUCCUUCAGGGACCUCAUUGACUCCAUUCAGGCUGAAAGAGGAUUCCUUCUCCUGGUCAACUUUAAGCAGUCCAAGAAAACCAGAGGCAGCCUUUUGACUAUCGAGAAGAAGGACGGAUCCGGACCAAUUUUUGAAAUCAUCUCUAAUGGCAAAGCCAACACUCUGGAUGUGGUCUUCACCACCAAGAACCAGCAACAGAUUGUGUCCAUAGAAGAUGUUGAUUUGGCCACCGGACACUGGAAGAACAUCACCCUGUUUGUUCAGGAUGACCGUGCACAGCUCUUCGUGGGCUGUGAUGAGAUCAAUGAUUCAGAGAUGGAUGUGCCAAUCUACAAAGUGCUGACCCAGGAGGUCACAGAUGUUGCCCGUCUCAGGAUUGGAAAGGGAGCCGUGAAGGACAGAUUCAUGGGAGUACUUCAGAAUGUGCGCUUUGUCUUUCGGACCACCCUGGAUACCAUACUGAGGAAUAAGGGAUGCCAAAGUGGAGCCACAUUGACUGAUGUUAUGACCCUGGACAACCCAGUCAAUGGCUCCAGACCUGCCAUUAGGACCGAUUACACCGGCCACAAAGCCAAAGAUCUGCAGUCUGUCUGCGGCUUCUCAUGUGACGAUAUCGCCGGCAUGUUCAAAGAGCUCAAGGGACUCGGCGUGGUUGUUAAACAGCUGUCGAAUGAGCUCCGUAGAGUGUCUGAGGACAGCACACUGCUAAUGAACCAAAUGAAGAUCCACAGUGGAGUCUGUUUACAUAAUGGCAUUGUACACAAGGACAAAGAUGAGUGGACCGUGGAUGGUUGCACCGAGUGCACCUGCCAGAACUCUGCUACCGUGUGUCGUGAAAUCUCCUGCCCUCUGAUCCCCUGUGCUAAUGCCACCAUGCCUGAUGGAGAAUGCUGCCCUCGCUGUGGAACUCCGAGCGACUAUGCUGAGGAUGGUUGGUCACCCUGGUCUGAAUGGACCCAUUGCUCGGUGACUUGUGGUCGGGGCAUCCAGCAGCGUGGACGCUCCUGCGACCGCAUCAACAGCAACUGUGAGGGCACUUCUGUGCAGACUCGUGACUGCUUCCCCCAAGAAUGUGACAAACGCUUCAAACAGGAUGGUGAUUGGAGCCACUGGUCUCCCUGGUCCUCGUGCUCUGUGACCUGUGGUGAGGGUGUCAUCACUCGUAUCCGUCUCUGUAACUCCCCAACACCACAGAUGGGUGGUAGGGAUUGUCAGGGACAAGGACGUCAAACUGAAAUCUGCCAGAAGUCACCUUGUCCUAUCGACGGUGGUUGGGGACCCUGGUCUCUAUGGACCACCUGCACUGCUACCUGUGGUGGAGGAAUCCAGACCCGCAAACGUCUUUGCACUGACCCUGCACCAAAAUAUGGAGGAAAGGACUGUGUUGGUGAUGCCACUAUGACUCACAUAUGCAACAAGCAGGAAUGCCCAGUUGAUGGCUGUCUUUCCAGCCCCUGCUUUUCUGGCACUAAGUGCACCAGUUUCCCUGAUGGCUCCUUCAAGUGUGGCAAGUGUCCAGUUGGCUACAAAGGAGAUGGUAUUACCUGCAAUGACAUCGAUGAGUGCAAAGAGGUCCCUGAUGCCUGUCACACAGUUAAUGGAGUUCACCGCUGUGAAAACACUGUGCCAGGUUACAACUGUCUGCCCUGCCCCGCACGUUACUCUGGUCCUCAGCCCUUCGGAAGAGGGGUGGAACAGGCCACUGCCAAGAAACAGGUUUGCAUACCCCGUAACCCCUGUGCAGAUGGCAGCCAUAACUGCAAUAAGAAUGCUAAAUGCAUCUACCUGGGCAUCUUCUCCGAAUCCAUGUUCCGCUGUGAGUGCAAGCCAGGAUAUGCCGGAAAUGGACACAUCUGUGGAGAGGACACUGAUUUGGACGGAUGGCCCAAUAAUAACCUGCAUUGUGUGGCGAACGCCACCUACCACUGCAAGAAGGACAACUGUCCCAACCUGCCCAACUCUGGCCAGGAAGAUCAUGACAAAGAUGGACUGGGAGACGAAUGUGACCAUGAUGAUGACAACGAUGGGAUCCCUGAUGACAGGGACAACUGCCCCAGAGUUUAUAACCCAGCCCAGUAUGAUGCGGACAGAGAUGAUGUUGGUGACCGCUGUGAUAACUGUAUAUACGAGGCCAACACUGAUCAAACUGACACAGACAACAAUGGGGAGGGUGACGCCUGUGCUAUUGACAUUGACGGUGAUGGUGUCCUGAACGAGAAUGAUAACUGCCCUUACGUUUAUAAUGUGGACCAGAGAGAUACUGAUAGAGAUGGGGUGGGAGACCAUUGUGACAACUGCCCUCUGGAGCACAACCCUGAUCAGAUUGACUCCGAUUCUGACCUUGUGGGAGACAAAUGUGACAGCAACCAGGACAUUGAUGAGGAUGGUCACCAGAACAACUUGGACAACUGCCCCUAUAUCCCAAAUGCCAACCAGGCUGAUCAUGACAAAGAUGGCAAGGGUGAUGCCUGCGACCACGAUGAUGACAAUGACGGCAUUCCUGAUGACAAAGACAACUGUAGACUGGCCUUCAACCCUGACCAGCUGGAUUCUGACGGUGAUGGUCGUGGUGAUGUGUGCAAAGACGACUUUGACCAGGACAACGUGCUGGACAUUUAUGAUGUGUGCCCAGAGAACUUUGACAUCAGUGAAACAGAUUUCCGCAGGUUCCAGAUGGUUCCCUUGGAUCCCAAGGGCACCUCUCAAAUAGAUCCCAACUGGGUUGUCCGCCAUCAAGGAAAGGAGUUGGUGCAGACCGUUAAUUGUGACCCUGGCAUUGCUGUUGGUUAUGAUGAGUUCAACGCAGUUGAUUUCAGUGGAACAUUCUUCAUCAACACGGACAGAGACGACGACUAUGCUGGGUUUGUGUUUGGCUACCAGUCCAGCUCCCGGUUCUACACAGUGAUGUGGAAGCAGAUCACACAGACCUACUGGUCUCAUGUCCCAACCAGAGCUCAAGGCUACUCUGGCCUGUCCAUCAAAGUGGUCAACUCCACCACUGGGCCUGGAGAGCACCUGAGAAACGCCCUCUGGCACACUGGAGACACUGCAGGACAGGUGCGUACUCUGUGGCACGACCCUAAGAACAUUGGCUGGAAGGACUUCACUGCCUACAGAUGGCAUCUGGUCCACAGACCCAAGACUGGGCUCAUUAGAGUGGUGAUGUACGAAGGCAAGAGAAUCAUGGCCGAUUCUGGAAACAUCUAUGACAAGACGUAUGCUGGUGGACGGCUAGGCCUGUAUGUCUUCUCUCAGGAGAUGGUUUACUUCUCUGAUCUCAAAUACGAAUGCAGAGACACAUAAUUGGGUGCCAGAAGGGCUUUCUCCAGAAGAAUGUAUCCGUCUGUGUCAAUAUGAAUACAAAUGUAAGAACUGGGACAAUUUUUUUUUCCUUUUUCCUUUGAGAUGUGGACAUUGGUGGAAUGGAGAGCAAGUGAGUUGAUGUGAGGUAAACUGACCUCAGGACUUGAGUCAAUUGACUGUUCUAUGAUAAUUCUGCACCUCUGCAACACAGACAGAGUUGUGAGCAUAGCAUUGCUCUGAAGAAAUUGAUCCUCUCCCUCUUGCUCUGAUGUGUAUUGGAAGAGGACCACACAGUUUGCUAUGCACCUCCGAACUGUAGUUGGUUUGUGGGUUUUCUACUCCAGACAAUGAUCCAAAGGGAAGAGAUUCUUUUAUUUUGAUCUACUAGCAUUAAUUCCAAUCUGCUGUGGACAUGAAAAGACUUGUUUCAAUAUGAAGAAAGCAAUAGGAGAAGGUGGUAAGGGCGGGCCAGCAAUGCCCUUUGAAGGAACUGUUGAGGGACCAUGGACAGUAAGGACUGACUGUUACAAUCAGAGUGUGUGUGUGUGUGUGUGUAUGUGUGUGUGUGUGUGUGUGUGUGUGUAUGUGUGUGUGUGUGUGUGUGUGUGUGUGUGUGUGUGUGUGUGUGUGUGUGUGUGUGUGUGUGUGUGUGUGUGUGUGUGUGUGUGUGUGUGUGUGUGUGUUUGUGUUGCCAAAAAAGUACAUAGUAAUGAAGACAACCAAGCCAAGUGGCUUUUCUUGUUUGACCCCCCCCGCCCCCGCAACCCUUCGUCCCACAAACUUUGCAAACCUGUUUGUGCCAGGUCCUUGGUUUAUUCAAGGCUAAGGGACUAGUCUGCUCAGGAUAAAGAAAGAGAAAAAAACAAGGAAAGCACAAAGUCCAGGACAGCACAGGGCCCCAAAGCAGGCACAUACUGCUUCGGAACAGUAACUGUUAGCAUAAUAUAUAAAUAUUAUAACUCUGAUCUGUAUUGGAAGUUUCAAGGGACGUAAACAGUGAGGGCCAGUCUGCUUCUUGCCAUAAGUGGACCAUUUACUACUACAUGGCUGUACAUAUGUUCUUAUUUAUUUGGGCAUCAGAGAUUAUUUACAAUGAGGCUUUCACUUUCACUAAUUUCUUCAUCUGACUCUCCUUAAAAAUAUUGGAAACCCAUCCCAAGUAACUGGAAUCUUAAAUACCUAAUGAAGUCCUCUUGUGGCAAGGUAAAGUCGUUCGCGUGACCAAAAUUCCUCACAAAAAAAAUUACAAGGAAAAUUGAUUUUUUUCCCCCCUCAGUAGCCUUCUUUUUCUGCACAGUGUGCAUGUCUCGUGUGGCUGAGCAUGUGUGAAAGUUUCUGACAAGGGAAAAAUCAAAGGAAACCCUUUAUGUACAAAUAUUACCUCAUUAUUAUUUGUAUUAGCAUCGAGGCCGGCGAAACACAAGAGUAUCUUUUCCUAGCAGCAGAGAGUAAAUUGGUUGGCUUCUUUUUUUUUUCUUUUUUUUUUUUUUGAGCAAGAUUUAAGUACAAUCAUUUAUAUGCUGUAUAUAAGAUAUUUGUGUAGCCAAAAAAAGGGCCUGAGAGGAACGUAACGGAUGAGAGAACAUGUUGUUGCUAAUGUAUGUCCUGUGCAUUUUUUGAUAAAUUAUUAUAUUUGUUUUAUGUUAAGAGGUUAUUUCAUUUGUGUAGAUAUAUGCUAUUUAAAUAAUUUAUCAAGAAACGUAGCCUCAUGCAGAAUCGUUUCUGUCUGUAUAAACUGUUUGCACACUGACAUGAGGGUGCCUUUGUUGUUUUUGGUUUUCGUAUUUCUGUAAUUUUUUUUUAUUAUUAGGGAGGCUUUUCUAUAAACAUUUGUACCAUAGUUUUUAUCCACAAAGUGCUGUUUAUACUCCUACCAGUUAUUUUAUAAUGUCAACUGAACAAUAAAAAAAAGAAAUUUCAAGGAAAAA